AUGGGCAGGAGCAUGAACAAAGGCUGGUGGAGAAAGACCGUGCUGCUAAGUUCGGACUUGCAGGCUGAGGAAUGGAGCUGCCUCGCUUGGUCUACCAGAUACCGCGUCGUCAGAGCUUCUGUCAGAUCCCAGCCAGCUGAACCUCUACUUGAGAUUGAAGACGAAAGCUUUGAUCGCUUGCUUUGGUCGGCUAGGGAACCUUCUGAUAGCUGGCUCAUAGCCAGCCUGGAUUUACAAAACAGUCCCAAGAAAUUCAAGAUUUUAAUAGAAGGUGUACUAGGACAAGGGAACACAGCCAGCAUCGCACUCUUUGAAAUCAAGAUGACAACCGGCUACUGUCUUGAGUGUGACUUUGAAGAAAAUCAUCUCUGUGGCUUUGUGAACCGCUGGAACCCCAAUGUGAACUGGUUUGUCGGAGGAGGAAGCAUUCGGAACUCUCACUCCAUCCUGCCGCAGGAUCACACCUUCAAGAGCGAAAUGGGCCACUACAUGUACGUGGACUCCGUUUACGUCAAGCACUUCCAGGAGGUGGCGCAGCUCAUCUCCCCCAUGACCACGGCGCCCAUGUCUGGCUGCCUGUCCUUUUAUUACCAGCUCCAGCAGGGGAAUGACAACGUCUUCUCCCUCUACACUCGGGAUGGGUCCGGCCUCUAUGAGGAGAUCUGGAAAAUGGAUGCCCCGGGGAGUGCUGCCUGGAAUCUGGCGGAAGUCGAGUUCAGCGCCCCCUAUCCCAUGGAGGUUAUUUUUGAAGUUGCUUUCAAUGGUCCCAAAGGAGGAUAUGUUGCCCUCGAUGAUAUUGCUUUCUCUCCUGUUCACUGCCAGAAUCAGACAGGUGAGCAGUGUUCUGUUCUUCUUCCUCAUUACUGAAAUCUCCUUUCCCAACUGAAGCAUGUGGUUAAGGCUUGUUAUAAUUGCUUUUGAUUUCCUCACCCUUCCUCUUAUAUCAUCCUUGGAAAAAUAUUCAACCAAAUAGUCAUUUUUUCUGGAAUAUUCCCCC